AUGUUGAAAGAAAAGAGAUGGUAUCGGAAAGUAGACGCUGUACUCUUUCCGCCCUCUUCAUUCCCACAUAAUCAAACACAACCACCACAAUUGGAUAUCCUAGCGAAAUCCCAUCCGUAUUCUCAUUAUGGCAAGACUAAUCAAAGCUUACCCACACUGUAUGAAAAUGAAGAAUCUAACGAUAUAUACCCUGAUGUUUCAUCUACAAUUAUUACCUCCAAUUAUACCACCACUGCUUCUUCAUUACUAUCCUCAUCCUACAGCUUGGGCAGCAGCAGCAGCAGCAGCAGCAGCGAUGAUGAUGAAGAAAAAUUGAAAACUACUGCUGUCAAAAAACCUUUAUCAGUCACAGAUUUCCUUACCAAUAACACUUCCUCUGUUACCAUUCAUCAAAUACCAACCUACGACCACCCAAACUAUCAUGACAAGAAAGAACUUUCUGCUAGUUUGAAGCGACUGCUGCUUCCUCAUAGAACUUAUUACGAGAUUGAAUGGCCAGUGGCGCAUCCAGGAUGCCCUGAAAAGAGCACAUCUACGACUUGGAUACAAUUAGACGAGCAAACGUCAAAGGGUAUUGAACGAGUAAAAAAACUGGGAUUUACUGAUCUUGAGGUGCCAUUAAGUAAGCAACUGACUGAAUAUAUCUACUCACUGACUCAACAGCAAUACGAGCAAGCAGAAGAAGAGAGAGAAGCAGCUGACGAAAUGAUAAUGGAAAGCAUACAUAACGCUAAUGGCAGUAAGAGGAACAAUAAUCAGAAGAAUAUACUUAUUGAUAUUCUAUUUGACUAUCAAACGGGGAAAUCGAAAACCACUACUCAUACUGGAACAACAAUGAUAGAUAGUGAUAAUACAGAGAAGAUACGCUUGCUAAGAUUAAGACGUGUCCACUGGUGGUCUAAGGAUUACUUCAUGGCUCAGAGUACAUCUUUACCGCUUUCAAUUUAA